UACAACUACGAGGUCAUCGAGUACCGUAGGCUCCAUCGUACUGGAAUUCGAAAAGGGACUUGGAACCCCCGAAGCACAACUGCUACUAUGCUCGCAUCGGUAUCCCCUUCCGGGUCGAACACAACUUGGACACGGAAUUCGUUUAUAUUGCUAUCUCCAGCCCCAAUUGCUUGUUACAAUUCUAUAACUACUAUAUUUUCUUCCACCAAUUAUAUCACAUCACAAAAUCUAAAUCGAUAAAUUGUGGAAGAUCCGACCAUCCCACUUAAUUACUGUUCCCACAAACUUACCCCCAAUCUCUAACUAUUCGAAUUUUUGAACAGAGAACACAAACUUUGUUCGAUUCUUUCUCGCGAUUUAGAAAGCAAGAUGGCUGUUUCUGCUAUUCAAGGAGUCACUAUGUCAACCGUAAGGGCAGAUCUGGAGUCUAUUAACACGGAUCAGUGAGUUCAUACUUAGGGAUUGCAGUCAGGGUUUUGUCCUUUUGUCCAUUCUUCUUUCCCAAACUUGCUUUGUUUCUUCUCAUCAUGAAACCCUUCCCAAUUUUGAUAAGUCAUCGAUUUGUAUUUACGUCGAUAUUUUUUCGCUAACCUCUCUUUUCAGAGCUCUUUGGCUGCAAAGUAUGUUUUCCCCGGCGUAUAGUACUGAUCGGGAUGUAAGGAUUGCCGAGGAUUCAUUAUUCUUUUGAAUUCCCAUCCUGUCCGGGGAAGGAGAUCGGUGCUUGAUUUUUAACUUUACCUAAUUUUUGGGACAACAGAUUGGGAGGCAAACAAGUGGUGUGAUGUCGACGAAAAUGGCGUUGCGUGAGUUGGUUUCUUUGCAAUACGUUUUCGACAACUUCUUCUCAAGACCAAGGUCCUUUCUGGGAAACCAUAGUGGUAUGGAUUCUAGUCGUGAAAAAUAGGGUGAAUUUCAGCUCGGGUCUAAAAAGCACUUCUACUUCUUGCCCUAGUUCAACCCCGCAAUCUUCUUUCCGACUUGGAGUUCCCACUUCAGUCUGUUACUUCUUUUUGUCGCCUAUCACUAGCCCGAACUGUGCGGCAUCACCUUUGAAUCCUCCGCACGGAAGCUAGAAAUUGCCAUUUUAAUCAAAUAUCAAGAACAUGCUCUUCUGCAUAGCAUUUUUCUUGUGGGUUGAAUUUACUAAUUCCUGGAAAUUUUUAGUGGCGGAGCCUAUAUUUACGGCAAGCACCUUAAACUCUCUCAACGCUUGUCACUUCUGAUUAGCAAGUUCUAAUAUGAAUAGAUCCCGUUGUUGUCUCUUUGCCGGGCAACAAGAUUCAUUGUUUUGCUCUGUAAGAAUUUACUUAAGCGUAUUGAAAGGACACGCAUUGAUAUCUGAUUAUAAUAGCGGUCUUAACUCCAAUGUGUUCCAUAAAUGGUACAGCCCAUCAAGUGGAUGGUCAGCUUGGACUUCUAUGGAUAAAGGGGGCAUUUCUGCCCCUAUUGCUGUCAAACACGGUGUUGACAAUGUCUCUGUGUUUGUGGUCGGGUUCGAUAAUUUGGCUUGGGUGGGGUUGAACACCUCUGAGUAUGUUCCGCAUCGUGCUUAAAGAAUCGAGGAUAUUUUUGGAAGCUAAAACUUGAAUCAGUACGGCAUUCACCUGGAAAGCUGUUGGCGACAGAGUUAAGACUUUGUGAGUUAUAGUAUCAGCUGUGUGUGUUUAAAAAGAGAAUUGCUGACAUGUUCAAAGGAGGGGUGGCUCUCUUUCAGCCUGCGCUUACGACGGUCGCCUAGAAUUAAUCGGUAUUGAAAAUAGUACUGGUCUGGUUGUGCAGACAUACACGUCCCCGGCAAAUGUUUGGGCUAAUUCAUGGACAACCUGGGCUGGCUCCGGCUUUUGCGUGAGUAAUCCUGUCAUUGUAAGUUGCAAGGCAUUGUGUUUGGAUAUCUUCGUGUUUGGAGAAACACACACGUUGAAACGAUUAAGUUACCGAGGCGGCGAAACGUGGGGAUCAUGGCAGGACUGUUUGGGUACAUAUUUAUAUGACGUAAGUACUUCGUGUCUAUCUCGAGAAGUUUAAGUUCAUUUUUUUGAUGUAGCCGACUGCUGUCUCCGUGUCUCCCGGUCGUAUUGAUGUCUUUGGAAUUGGUGCUGAUGGAAAACUCUAUCAAAAUUAUGUUACCAUUACCGGGAUGGAGGUUGGAACACUUACACAGAAAUAUAUUGGGGAACUUUCUAUAUCUUCUCCAAAAACAUUAGUCACAUCACCGGGUGUUUUUGCAGUCACUACUGAAAGUGUAAAAGGUGUCUAUCAGCAGAAGUUGUAAGUGAUUCGAUAUGAUGAGAAUCCUUGAGAACUAUCUACUGACAGUCCUAGUUAUGAGUCUUCUAACGGAGUAUGGGCGCCCCAAAAUGCAUGAGGGUAGUUUAGUCUGGAUGAUGGAGCCAUGAAGAGCGCUGAAGGCACGAGUCCUUGAAAAAUGAAAAAUGUUGCCACCGUACUUUGGAAUGAAGCAUUGUAAUUUCUUGCCCACUCCAAUAGUAGAUAACACAAAAAAUACCAUAACUUUUCACGACCC